AUGGGUGACAACCUGAUUCGCAUCAACCUCAAUGGACACUUAUCGUCCGAAGUGGCGAAACUGAGAGGUUUGAAGCAGGGUGAUCCACUGUCUCCAAUCCUAUACAAUCUAGCUUUUGAACCCUUCUUGUUGGCCAUUAUUAACGAUCGUCAAUUCCAAGGGUACCUUAUGGGAACUGAACGAACCAAGCUUCUUUGUUAUGCUGAUGAUGCCUUGGUAUUUGUCCAUGAUUCUGCUGAUCUCGCUCGGUUGCAAAUACAUAUGUCCAGGUAUUGCGGCGCUUCCAAUGCCAAAUUCAACUACGAUAAGGUGGAGGCUUUUUCGGUAUCUGGCAGAGAUACAUGGGAUAUUUGGGAGACCUCGUUGGCUCAAAUCCACAUCAAUCAUCUACAUUCCGUCGAAGAUGAUGUACCUUUAAUCUAUUUGGGGUUUCCUUUGGUUCAAAGUCGUCUCCAACGUGUCAACUUCAUGGGCUCGCUGGUAACAAAGAUCAAAAUUGCCACUCAAAUACAUUCUACUCGAUCACUGUCGGUUGUCGGUCGAGCUACUGUCUUGAACUCUCUUUUGCUCUCCAAACUUUGGUACAUCCUACGGGUUACUCCGUUGACUCUGGCAGACUUCAAACAGCUGAGAUCUCUUGCCAUACAAUUUUUGAGAAAGAACAUAUUCCCCGUCAUCCCAUGGUCUGUCUGGACUCUUCCAAAGGAACAAGGUGGUCUCGGGGUGAUCGACAUCCAGCUACAAGCUUCGGCGUUGUACUUUCGAUGGUUGCAACCUUUGUUGGUGUAUGAUCAAUCCACCAUUGAUGCCCAUCCUGUGUCAUCUCUUCUCAGCCAUCACAUUCGAAAUGUUAACAACUGCCAAUUUCACCAAAUCCCUUUGCUUUUUCCCUCGUCUCGUUCUCAAGGGUUACUGAAACAACGAACUGGCACUGUGGAUAUGAUAUAUCGUGCUGUUGAUUAUCUCCCUCGUUCUUUUGGCUCUGCCCGCAUUAAUACAGCUACUGCUAUGGCGUUGCCACUGCAGGCUGCAGUGUUUGUCCCUCCCUCCUCCAGCUUCGUGCUUCCUCUUCGUGUCAAAGAAAUGAUGGUGGCCGACGUUUUUCAGUAUGAUUCCCGGCUCAAUUUCGUCCAUUGGAAGGAUACUCGCGACCCCUCUCUGCUCACCUGGAAAAGAACUCCCUCCACAGUGUUCAAAGGCCUAGCGACAGGGAAAUUACAGUUUCAACCUUACUUCGAGCCAGUCUGUAGCCCAGCUCCUUUAGAGGAUUCAGUCGUCUCAUUUGCUCCUUUGAUUGAGCAGUUUCGUCUCCUUGAUGAUCAACCUCUUGGUAAUGUUCAGGCCUCGGCUAAGGCAUUUCGUCGGGCUGUCCUUUCGUCUGUGGUCUCUCCUUUGGCAUUGCGCAAAAUCUCUGCGUCCAGCUGGAAAUUUUUUUGGUCCCUGUCUCUUACCACUGUCCAACGUAAUGUGAUAUACCGUCUCAUUCUGGGUCGAAUUCCUCACCGUCGAUUUUUGCAUUUUAUUAUGCCCAAAGUCUUUGAGUCUCCUCUCUGUCCAGUUUGUUUGUCUAUGAACGAUUCCCCAAGUCACCUCCUCUUUCAUUGUCCUUCUAAAGAGAAAGUUUGGCAGGGAGUCAUCUUCGAGUUUCUGUGGCCUACCACCUCGAUUCUAGAUAUUAAAGAGGCUCUUCUGCAACUUGAUUUCUCCAACGUUUGGUAUUGCCAAAUUGCUGGAAUCAAGCCUUUCCGAAUCCUCAUCAUCACCCUUGGUCAACUGUGGCUUGCCCACAUGAGGUUCAUCUAUGACAAUGUUCCUAUGGACCAUACAGCGAUAUUGGCCAGUAUUCGAACCAGUGUUCGUCAGACCAUUGCGGAAGAUCAGUGCCAUUCCCUCCUGUAA